ACCGGAUUGUUUUCAAUACAAAGGGACACUAGAUGUCUUCAUCAAAAUUAUUCGACAGGAGGGAUUUUCUAGGUUGUGGAGAGGAACCAAUGCAGGUUUGGCUUUGGCUGUACCAACUGUGGGGAUCUAUCUGCCUUUGUAUGAUGUAUUCCGCAACAGAAUGGAGGAUUUCACAGCCCAUAAUGCUCCCAGGGCAACACCAUAUGUUCCUUUGGUUGCAGGCUCAUUGGCACGGUCAUUAGCAUGUGCAACUUGCUACCCUAUUGAACUAGCAAAAACCCGGAUGCAGGCAUUUAAGGAAACACAGGUUGGGAAGAAGCCUCCUGGAGUUUUUAGGACUCUCCUUGGUGUCCUUUCCAGUGUGAAUGGGACAAACAACUCUCAGAACAGAUUGCAAGGUUACCGUGUGUUGUGGACAGGCAUGGGAGCACAGCUUGCACGUGAUGUCCCUUUUUCCGCAAUUUGUUGGUCAACACUUGAGCCUAUAAGGAGAAGGCUUCUAAAUUUGGUGGGUGAGGAAUCCAAUGUAGUUGCUGUUCUUGGGGCAAACUUCUCUGCUGGUUUUGUUGCCGGAAGCCUUGCUGCUGCUGCUACGUGUCCUCUAGAUGUUGCUAAAACCCGAAGGCAGAUAGAGAAGGAUCCUAUGAGGGCAUUGGGGAUGACAACACGGCAAACACUAAUGGAGGUUUGGAGGGAUGGAGGGAUAAAGGGACUUUUUACUGGAGUAGGCCCUCGUGUUGGCCGUGCAGGUCCUUCAGUUGGGAUUGUGGUUUCCUUUUAUGAAGUAGUGAAAUAUGUUCUCCAUCAGCGUUUUGAGACGUCUUCUUGACAACAAGCACUCUAAGAUAAUUCUUUUGAUCUGCUGAGCAUUUUUCUUAUGGUUGGUGAUGCGGCACAGAAGCAACACUUGAGAAUGGAGACACAUGACAAAACCAAUCAUUUUGUGGAUAUUAUAGAAGGAAGAUGAUAUGCAGUUUUUGUGGUGUAGAUCCUUUAUGUAGGUUUCAAGGACAACCACUCAUGUGGAUACCCUGCACAGCUUAGCAGGCUGGGAAAUAAGGCACAUUUUUGACAUACAACACAGGGUAGAACUUUUGUUUUCCUUUAGUUCAACAGUUUUGGUUAAUAAUGUAUCAUGCAGCUCACUCCAAUUCGAGCUGAAAUUUUGUUAAUCUAUAAUUUUUUGGCUGAGGUGGUCCCUCAGUCUAACUAAUUAUAGCUCCUUUUGCUUACCAUUGAAUUAAUAAUGUUUACAUGAUAGU